GGCCAACAUGGCGCCGAGCGCCGGCUGAACGGCGCUUUGGCGGCGGGUCUCCAUUACACCACAGCACCCUUGCAGGGCCAGCAGGAGGAGCUGCAGAAUGGCUGAGGAGAAGAAGCUGAAGCUCAGCAACACAGUGCUGCCAUCCGAGUCCAUGAAGGUGGUGGCUGAGUCCAUGGGCAUCGCCCAGAUCCAGGAGGACACAUGCCAGCUGCUGACAGAUGAAGUCAGCUACCGCAUUAAGGAGAUAGCCCAGGAUGCCCUGAAGUUCAUGCACAUGGGGAAGCGGCAGAAGCUGACCACCAGUGACAUCGACUAUGCCUUAAAGCUGAAGAAUGUUGAGCCCUUGUAUGGCUUCCAUGCCCAGGAGUUCAUUCCCUUCCGCUUUGCCUCUGGUGGAGGCCGUGAGCUCUACUUCUAUGAGGAGAAGGAGGUGGAUCUGAGCGACAUCAUCAACACCCCUCUGCCCAGAGUGCCCCUGGACGUCUGCCUCAAAGCACAUUGGCUGAGCAUUGAAGGCUGCCAGCCUGCCAUUCCUGAGAAUCCGCCUCCAGCUCCGAAGGAGCAGCAGAAGGCCGAGGCCACAGAGCCUCUGAAGUCAGCCAAGCCGGGCCAGGAGGAAGAUGGCCCCCUGAAAAGCAAAGGCCAAGGGGCUGCCCCAGCAGAUAGCAAAGGGAAGGAGAAGAAGGCACCACCCCUCUUGGAAGGCGGCCCCCUUCGGCUCAAGCCCCGCAGCAUCCAUGAGCUGUCUGUGGAGCAGCAGCUGUACUACAAGGAGAUCACCGAGGCUUGUGUAGGCUCGUGUGAAGCCAAGAGAGCGGAAGCUCUACAGAGCAUCGCCACAGAUCCUGGGCUCUAUCAGAUGUUGCCCCGGUUCAGCACCUUCAUCUCUGAGGGGGUCCGCGUGAACGUGGUGCAGAACAACCUAGCCCUUCUCAUUUACCUGAUGCGCAUGGUCAAGGCGCUCAUGGACAACCCAACACUGUACCUGGAGAAAUAUGUGCAUGAGCUGAUCCCAGCCGUGAUGACGUGCAUCGUUAGCAGACAGCUGUGCCUACGGCCAGAUGUGGACAACCACUGGGCACUGCGUGACUUUGCUGCCCGCCUAGUAGCCCAGAUCUGCAAGCACUUCAGCACAACCACCAACAACAUCCAGUCCCGCAUCACCAAGACCUUCACCAAGAGCUGGGUGGAUGAGAAGACACCAUGGACCACACGCUACGGCUCCAUUGCAGGCCUGGCUGAGCUGGGACAUGACGUCAUAAAGUCCCUGAUACUGCCACGGCUACAGCAGGAGGGGGAGCGGAUCCGCGCGGUGCUCGAUGGCCCAGUGCUCAGUAACAUCGACCGCAUUGGUGCCGACCACGUGCAGAGUCUGCUGCUGAAACACUGCGCCCCAGUCCUAGCCAAGCUUCGCCCACCACCCGACAAUCAGGACACCUACCGAACUGAGUUUGGAUCCCUGGGGCCCGUCCUCUGCUCACAUGUGGUCAAGGCACGGGCCCAGGCCACGCUGCAGGCCCAGCAGGUCAACAGGACCACACUGACCAUCACACAGGUCAGCAUGGGUCUUCACAGUCCAUGGGCAAGGACGGCCUGGUCUGACACUUUCUUCUCCAACCUGACUUCUCGCUCUCCUGUCUACAGCCGAGGCCCACACUCACCCUCUCACAAGCCCCCCAGUCUGGCCCUCGCACCCCUGGUUUGCUCAAGGUGCCUGGCUCUAUUGCGCUGCCUAUGCAGACCCUGGUGUCUGCACGAGCUGCCGCCCCACCGCAGCCAUCCCCUCCUCCCACCAAGUUCAUCGUCAUGUCCUCCUCCUCCUCCAGCGCUUCGUCUACCCAACAGGUCCUGUCCCUCAGCACCUCGGCCCCUGGCUCCGGCUCCACUACCACGUCUCCAGUCACCACCACAGUCCCCAGCGUGCAGCCCAUCGUCAAGUUGGUCUCCACCUCCACCACAGCGCCUCCCACCACCGCCCCCUCUGGGCCCGGCAGUGUCCAGAAGUACAUCGUGGUCUCAUUGCCCACAACUGGCGAAAGCAAAGGUGGGCCCGCCUCGCACCCAUCCCCACUGGGGGGCAGCACCCUCUGUGGGGGGAAGCAGGAGGCUGGAGAGAGCCCUCCACCAAACCCUGGGACCCCAAAGGCUAAUGGCUCUCAGCCCUCAGGUGCCAACUCCCCACCAACUGCGCCUUGAGACGUGGGGAAGAGAGAGAUGGCGGCUUCCUGUGUUACUUCGUUUUUAGACAUUGUACAGCUCGUUCCCCUGAAUUAAAAAAAUUGACUUAUAA